UGCACAUCUACACGUGCUAAACGUCAAGUCAAACUUGCAUUUCAUUUACGAACGUACAGUGUAUCGUUCUGUGAACCCGUAUAUUGUGUCUUUUGGCUUUAUAAAUACUUGAAUUAUACGUAUUAAAAGCACAAUGAGUUUCGGUCUGCCGUCGGUUGUUCCGAAGCCUGCUGUAAAUGAUCAGUUCAAUAUCCGCGAUGAUAAUUACGGUAUUCCUAACCCAAUGAUUUCGGGACUAGCAGCUACUAGGCAGCACAUAGGAUAUACUCAUCCUUUAGAAGUAUCUGAGAAUAACUAUGAAAAAAAUCGUACACGUAUGAACAUGGUGCUGUUAAGAAAUAUUCAAGGAUUACAUGCACCUAUGCGUUUAGCAAUGGAAUUGAAAGCUACUGAAAAGAUUGGGAGACUCCCGUUUCUUCCAUCGUCCAAUAUGAUGAGAAAUGUGUUACUUGGGAAGGAUGAGGAAAUUGGGUUCGAGGAUAUAUUAAACAUACCCGAGUUCAGGGAACAAAUGGGACAGCCGCAUGCUGUUGUAGAAAAUAGUCUUGGCAUCUUAUAAAUCAUGGCUUUAUUUGUAACAGAGGAAUCAUUGGUUUUGUAUUAUUAAAUAUCUUAAGUAAUAAUAGGUGUUUCUUAUAAUUA